GCGGACGCCAUAACGCAUAUCUUAUAUCUACCGAAAAGUGACGGAAACAGUGCUUUUUUUCAAACAACUUUUAGGUAUACAAAAACAGUGUUUUUCCAAGUGUAAAUUUUAAUUUUUGGAGUGUAAAAAAAUAAUAUACCAAAAAAGAAAAGAACACAAACCAUAAUUAAUCUGUGGCGUUCAGUGUUGCAAACCUAAUGAGAACUUUGUACUAAGUGUUGCCGCAUCACAAAAAUGCAGCGGCAACUGAGCAACGUUAGUGUUUACUCGUACCAGGAUUACCAACCUUCUAGAAAAUAUGGGCAGCAGUAUGAGCCAGGAGGUUAUGCGGCCGCGAUUCAGCAGAGAACAAACAUGACUCAACGCGAAGAUGCGCUCAAAUUCGAGCAGGGCCGCAUCAAGGCCUUACAGGAAGAACGACUCCACAUACAGAAGAAAACUUUCACGAAAUGGAUCAACUCGUUUUUGCAGAAGGCACGCAUGGAGGUAGACGAUCUCUUCGUAGACCUGGCAGACGGUCGGCGCCUGCUCAAACUCCUGGAGAUCAUCAGCGGAGAACGCCUGCCGCGUCCGAACAGUGGGCGGAUGAGAGUCCACAAGAUUGAGAAUGUUAACAAGAGUUUGAGUUUUUUGCAUACUAAGGUGCGCCUAGAGUCGAUAGGUGCUGAAGACAUAGUGGACGGCAACCCGCGCCUGAUCCUCGGGUUAGUCUGGACUAUCAUCCUGAGGUUCCAGAUCCAGGAGAUUGAGAUUGAUGUGGACGAAGAGAACGAGUCCUCAGAGAAGAAGUCAGCGAAAGAUGCGCUGUUACUCUGGUGUCAGCGCAAGACGAGCGGCUACCACGGCGUGCAUAUACACAACUUUACCGACUCCUGGCGCUCCGGGCUCGGGUUCAAUGCUCUUAUUCAUGCUCAUAGACCAGACCUGUUCCGCUGGUCGGAGCUGCCGGCCUCAGACCACGUGGAGACCCUCAACCAUGCCUUCGAUGUGGCGCACAAACACCUCGGCAUUCCACGCCUGCUUGAUGCUGAAGAUGUUGACACCAGCCGUCCGGACGAGAAGUCGGUCAUGACAUACGUGGCUUCCUACUACCACACCUUCGCGAGAAUGAAGAAUGAGCAGAAGAGUGGCAGGAGGAUCGCUAAUAUCAUCGGCCAAAUGAUGGACUGCGACGACCGCAAAGGGGAGUACAGCAAGUUGUUCAGCGUACUCCUGGAGUGGAUACUCCUGAAGAUCCAGGAGUUGAACGGCAGAGAGUUCCCCAACUCACUGGAUGGGAUACAGCGGCUGUUGCUGGCGUUUAAGCAGUAUAGGACUGUUGAGAAGCCGCCUAAAUACAAAGAACGUUCAGAGAUCGAAGCUCUAUACUUCGACAUUAACACCAUGCAGAAGAGUUUGACCGGUGAAGCGUGGACUCCUCUAGAAGGACAGCUGCCUCAAGACCUGGAGAGAGCCUGGCAGCAGCUGGAACAGGCGGAGCACGCUCGUGAGAUCGCUUUGAGAACCGAAUUGUUAAGACAACAGCGAUUGGAACAACUUAACUACAAGUUUAACACUAAAUCAGUCCUCCGUAAAGGCUACUUGAAGGAGAUGAUACAAGUGCUAUCAGACCCUCGCUACGGAUCUAACUUAGCUCAAGUGGAUGCCACCGUGAAGAAACAUGAAGCCAUCUCCGCUGAUAUACUGGCUAGAACCGAACGUUUCGAAGACCUAUCAGCCAUGGCAGCAGAACUAGUCCGCGAGAACUACCACGGCGCAGAAGCAGUAUCCCGCACUGAACAAGCAGUGUUAGGCAGGUGGAACGAACUCCUCGAACUGCUGGAGAGGCACAGAUCUUCGCUGAGGAAGCUGGCGCACCUGAUGGCGUUGUUGAGGGAGGCUGAUACUGUGGGGCAUACGCUGUCGGAGAUGAAGGCCCAAUUCCAAUCAGAAGACGUAGGCCGUCACCUAGUAGACGUUGAACGGCUGCUCCAAGCCCACGCGCUCCAAGAGCUUCAGCUCGGAGCCCUGGACGAGAGCAUCCGCCGCCUCGUGCGGCACGGCGCCGCUGCUGAGGGGGCGAAGCACCAGCUCACUGCACAGCUAGAGCUGCUGCAGCAGGAGUAUGACAGUCUGGUAGCCGCCGCUAAAGACCGUAAGGCGAGGCUAGAAGACGCGAGGAACCUAUACCAGUUCUUGGAAGACCAUGAUGAGGAAGAAGGCUGGGUAACAGAAAAACAGCGCAUCUGCCGUACCGACGUGGCUGCCAAGGAGUUGAGAGCUGUGCUCGCUUUGCGUCAGAAACAUACUGCGCUGUUACACGAGCUGAGAGCCAGGGACCACGUGUCUCAGAGACAUAGGGCUAAGGGACAGAGCCUAAUCGACGCGAAGCAUCCCAAGUCAGCGGAAAUAGAACGCCGGCUGACAUCCCUGAACAAGCAAUGGCAAGUGCUAAGAGAACUGGCUGAUGCCAGAGAGAAACAGCUGGCUGAUGCUGCUGAAGCUCAUCAGUUCUACGGCGAUGCAAACGAAUCAGAGUCCUGGAUGAAGGAAAAACGCCCUCUAGUUGCCACAGAUGACAUGGGACGCGACGCUCCUUCCGCCGGAGCCCUACUGGCACGUCAUAAAGCCACUCAUGAAGAGAUCAGGGCUUAUAGUGCUGAGUUAGAUACUCUUAGCGCUCAUGCGGCCAGGCUUCAUGCUGCGGGCAUCACUUGCUUACAGCUCCCCACAGAAGUGGAGUCAACUCCAGCUAUUGAAGAAGAGGAAUGGGUGAACGAGUCCCGACUGGUGCCCACUGAAGUUUGGGAGGAGGAACCUGUUGAGAGACUGGAACAUAGGACUGUGACUGAAGAGAGGAGCGUUCCUCAGGUAAAAGCCCUCUACGCGUUCACGGGACAAGGCAUAUCCAUGCAGAAGGGUGAAGUGAUGUUCUUAAUGAACAAGACCAACCCGGACUGGUGGUCGGUGCGCAAGGCAGAUAGGACUGACGGCUUUGUGCCCGCUAACUAUGUGCGGGAAAUUGAGCCGAGAGUUGUGCCGGUCCAAGUACGUCGCCCCGAAAAGGUCCGCACAGUCCAACGCGUCAAGAAGACAGUGCUGGUCAAGCAGGUGGUCCCCGUAAAACGCAACAAGCCCACCGCCCGACGAGCGAGCAGGGCCACCAUAGCGCCGCCCAAGACUGCCAGCGUCGAGACCAGGAUGGCAGACAUACAGAAGGACUAUGAUGAACUCCUAACCCUGUCAGCUGCCCGUCGCGCUCAACUAGAAGACGCGAUCAAACUGUACAGCUUCUUCGCGGAAUGUGAUGAUUUCGACAAGUGGAUCAAGGAUAAGGAGAAGAUGUUGAGAGCUGAUGAUGCUGAGGACAGCGUUGAUACGGCUAAGAGGAAGUAUGAGAAAUUCGUAACGGACCUAUCAGCGGCCUCAAAACGCCUGGAACACAUCGACGCUGCUGCCGAAGAGUUGGUGGCUGCUAACCACAGCCAGGCUGCCAAGGCCACUGCCAGGAGACAGCAGCUGCGUCAACAGUGGGACAGGCUGCUGAGGCUCAAGCAGCAGAAGGAGAAGAGCUUGGAAGGCGCUUCCAGCGUGGAGCUAUUCAGCCGCACCUGCGACGAGGCCCUGGACUGGAUGGCGGAGAAGGAGCAGCAACUAGCCGCCAGCUCCGCGCCCCCCUCAGACCUGCGGACCGUGCAGGCGUUGCAGCGCCGUCACGCUCAGCUGGAGCGGGAGUUAGAGCCUGUGAGGGAGAAAGUUAAUACCAUUAGUCUUUUGGCGGAUUCCGUAAAAUCCCAAUACCCCAACGAGCGUGGCAACGUCGAAGGGAGACAGAAAGAGAUCCAGCAGAUGUGGGAGAGAUGCCAGGCUCAGGCCGCAGACAGGAGGAGUCGGCUGGAGUCUGCCGUGGGGCUGCAGAUCUUCGGCAGGAGCUGUGCUACUCUCACACAUUGGAUGCAGAAAGUACGCGAGCAACUAGCUCAGGAAGCGACGGCUAAAGACGUGGCGACGGCUGAAGCGUUGCACAAGCAACACCAUGAACUCAUGGACGAUAUCAAAGCGCAUGAUGAUGAAUACAAAGAAGUGAUAGGUCUCGGCAAACAGCUGUUGGCUAACAAUCCUACUCUGGCCGACGUCGCUGACAAGAUCAAGAGCUUGGAGAAUGAGCACCAGGCUGUUGCUAAAGAAUGGCAAGAAAAGGACGCGUACCUCAAGCAGCUAGUGCAGCUACAGAGCUUCAACCGCGAGUGCGAUCAGAUAGACGCCUCCACCGGCGCUCAUGAGGCUUAUCUAGAGUACAAGCAGUUUGGAUCAUCAGUAGACGAGGCCGAAGCCCUAAUCAAACGGCACGAGGAGUUAGAAGCAAGAUUAGCAGCUCAAGAUGAACGUCUAGCUGCCUUCUCACAGAGGGCGGAAGCGCUGGAGAGAAUACCGCAUUAUGCUGCAUCACAUAUCGCAGGCCGUCGCGCGGCGGUGCUGCAGCGUCGUGACACAGUGAGACACGCGGCCGCCGAGCGACGCCGCGCGCUGCUCGCUAGCUUGGCGCAUCAACAGUUUGUCGCGGCAACCGAAGAGCUGCAAACCUGGAUUCAAGAUAAGACAAGAACGGCCAAAGACCAGAGCUACAGGGAUCUAGCCAAUUUGGAGAGAAAGUUACAAAAGCACGAAGCGUUCGAGAGAGAGCUACAGGCGAACGAGAAACAACUGAGAAAUGUUGAGAGUAUCGGCCAAUCCCUGCAGAAGUCAGACCCCUCCCGGGCGUCAGAAGUGUCGGAACACCUGUCGGGACUGCAGACCGCUUGGGAGGAGUUAGUGGCUGCUUCUAGAGAUAAGGGCAGUAAGCUCAGACAGGCGGCUCAGCAGAGGAAACAUAGGAGAUCUGUAGAAGACGCGAAGGCACGUCUGAUAGACUUGGAGCGAGCUCUGAAGAGUGAGGAGAUUGGUACCGACUUGAGGAGCUGCAAGAGACUGCUCAACCAACAUCAGGCCUUAGAACAAGAACUAUCCCUCUGGGAAUCCAAAGCGACCUCCCUAGCGGCUCAAGGCGCUGACCUGGUCUCCGGCGGUCACUUCGACGCCGCCGCGAUAGAGAGGGAGUCGGCCGCGCUGCUGCAGGCUGUGAGGGCGUUGCAACCACCUGCGGCUAAGAGGAGGCAGGCUUUGGAGAGUAGUUUGCAACUACACAAAUUCGCAGCUGAAGUAGCGGGUGAACUGGACUGGCUAUCAGAGCGGUCAGCAGCCGCCUCCUCCGAGGUCAUGCCAACAGACCUGCACGCAGCUCAGACAGCUCAGAAGAAGCACGGCAAGCUCAAAGCCGAGCUGGUGGGGCGCAGACCCUUGAUCGAGAGAGUGAUAGCGCAUGGUACUGCGCUCGUGGAGGAAGGACAUCCUCAGAAAGAGAAGAUCGAAGCUCUCUGCUCGGAACUGGAAGCUGGCUACAAGGCUGUCUCCUCAGCAGCCGACAGCCGUGGCCAGGCCCUGGAGUCAGCUCUGAAAGCUCAGCAGUUCCUGCAUGAGGCUCUGGAAGUGGAUGCAUGGUUGGCGGACAAGGCGGCUGCGUUGGCUCACGCUGAUGUCGCUAAGGAUCGACAUAGGGCUACGCAUUUGUUGACUAGGCAUAAGGCCGUAGAACUUGAACUCGACACAUACGCAGCGAUCAUAGCAGAAAUGGGUCACGUGGCCACAUCCAUGGCGAACGGAGGACAUCCAGAAGGCGAGGCACUGCUCGCGAGGCAUGCCUUGUUAGCUGACAGCCUCGCGAGGCUCCAGAGACUUGCUGCUCAAAGGCAGAAGGCGCUCGUUGAGUCUGUGUGCAGAUACGAGUAUCUAGCAGAGAGUGCUGAGUUAGAGAGCUGGAUACAAGAGAAGUACGCUGCAGCUUCCAGCGAGGACUACGGACAGGAUUACGAACAUUUAUUGAUCCUCCGCUCCAAGUUCGAGGAACUCCGUCACCGCGUGGAAAGUGGAGCCGAAAGGUUCAACCAGUGUGAGGAGUUAGCCAAGAAACUGCUGGCUACUGAGAGUCCUUAUAUCGGAGAUAUUGAGAAGAGACAAGAGGCGUUAGGAGAAUGGUGGCAACGUCUAAUCGAACAAAUGGAAUCCCGAGCCAGCCGCCUCCACGCAGCCGGUGAGAUCCACCGCUUCCACCGCGAUGUUGGAGAACUGGUGUCAAGAGUGGCAGACGUGGUGCAUGCUGUAGUGCCUCCGAGGGACCUUCGGGCUGCCACCGCUGCUUUGAGGGCGCAUGAUAACACGCUGAAUCAGCUGCUGGCUAUCGAUGCUCAGAUGCAGGUCCUUCAAGAAGAAGGCAACCGUCUCCGCAAGCUCUACCCUGGCGGUAAUGUCCAGCAGAUAGAACUCCAACAGAAAGCGCUAGAAGAAGCCUGGGCCAUGUUGAAGCAGGCCUCUGAUGAGAGGAGACAUAUGUUGCAGCAGCAUUUGGCUUUGCACCAGUUUUUGACGGAGGUACGAGACCUAACAUCCUGGUCCGUAGCCCUUCGUUCAUCAAUGUCGCGGGCCAUCCGCGUCCGCGACGCUGUCUCCGCGCAGGCCGCCCGCGCGGAACACGACGCCGUCCGCGCGGAACUGGACGCUAGGGACUCGUCGUUCAAAGACGCGCUGCAGAUGGGAAGAGAUUUGGCUGCUCAGCAUCCUAAUGCUGCGGAAGUAGAAGAAAAAUGCGAGGCGUUACUAGAAGAACGCAACCGUCUCCACGGCGCGUGGGCAGCACGACAGGUCGCGUUAGACCAGCUCAUAGAUCUCCACUGCUUCUUGCGAGAUGCCAAGCUGUUGCACGAUCUCUGUGCAGCUCAGGAGGCUGCGUUGAGUACUGAAAUAUCACAAACUAGCAGUGUAGAGGAAGUUGAGAAUCAGCUGAAAAAACACGAAGCUUUCGAGAAAUUACUGGCGACACAGGAUGAGAAGUUAGCGACCCUGAACAGCCAUGGAGACAAGCUGCUGCAGCAGAACCACGUGGAAAGCCAACGCAUCGCAGACGAGCUGCAGCAUAUCAACGAGAGAAGGAAGAAGCUAUACGCGGCUAGUGCGUCUCGUCGCGCAGCACUAGCCCGCUCACGUGCGCGUGCGCAGUUCGCGCGCGACGCGGCGGAGGCGCGCGGCUGGGUGGCCGACAAGCUCGCCAAGCUCGCUGCUGAACAUCAGCAUGGUGAAGUAACAAACCUAGAAGAUAAAAUCAAGAAGCUACAAAAACACCAAGCCUUCACCGCGGAACUGGCCGCCAACCGAGCUCGUCUGCAAGAAGUACAGCAACUAGCUGUGGAGCUGAGUCCUGAUGCUGAAGUGGAGAAACAGCUGCAGCAGCUGCAAGCUGACUGGCAGCGGCUUGAGACUGCUACUGAGCAGAGAGGUCGCGGCCUAGAAGAAGCCCAAGACAUCCUAGAAUUCAACCAGCACCUCGACAAGAUAGAAGCCUGGAUCCGCGACAAAGAGAUGAUGGUUCAAGCCCACGAGUUGGGCCGGGACUACGAGCAUUGUUCCGCGUUGUUACGGAAGCUGGAUGAUAUGGACAGUGAUAUGAAGGUCGAUGAUAAGCGGGUGAAGAGUAUCUGUGCGUUGGCUGAUAAGUUGUUGCAGCAGGGUCCCACCCAGCAAGCAGCAGCGGUAUCUCAGCGCCGCGACGCGUUCCUCGCGAAGUGGCGAGCACUGUCCGGCGCGUUACAGAAGUACCGGGAUAACCUGUCUGCUGCGCUCGAGAUACACUCGUUUAAUAGAGACGUAGAAGACACAGCAGAACGCAUCUCCAAGAAGGCCACACUCUUCAGCAGCUCAGAACGAGGACGAGAACUGGCGGCAGCUCACGAGCUCAAGAGGAAGCAUCUGGCGAGGGCUGCGGAGGCUGGAGCUAUUAGAGAUAAGAUACAAGCUUUGGAGGGAGAAGGCAAAGUGCUGGCUAACAAGUAUCCCGAACGCUCCCAAGAGAUAGAAACAAGCCUGCAGAGCCUCCGCGAGGGUUGGGACCAGCUGCAGCAGCUCGCCGCUAGACGCACCGCGCUGUUAGACGACGCCAUCGCUGAGCAUAAGUUCGAUGACAACCUCAAGGAACUAGAGCUAUGGGUAUCGGAGGCAGUGAAGCGUAUGGACGAGACCGGCGCCCCGGAGACCGUGUCUCAUGCUGAGGCACUCCUCGAGCUGCAUCAUGAGAAGAAGGCUGAAAUCGACGGUCGUCAGAAAGCCAUCAGCUCGCUUCAGAAGGAGGCUGAGCAGGCUCCCGAGAAGGCCAAGCGGGUCGAAGCGCUCGCCAGCACGUUGGACAACGCAUGGCUUACUAGGAAACAGUAUUUGACUCAGGCUCAUCAACUGCAACUGCUGAAGGAGCAAGCGAGACAGACAGAGGACUGGCUCGCUUCUAAAGAGGCGUUCCUGAACAAUGAUGAUCUUGGAGAGAAUUUAGAUGCCGUAGACACUCUGAUCCGCAAGCACGCAGAGUUCUCCAAGCUUCUCCACAGCCAACUGGGCAGGGUCGACGAGCUGCAGAAGUUCGCUGCCAGCAUGCUGCAAGACCAUCACUUUGAUAGAGAAUAUGUUGAGAAGAGAUUGAGAGAAAUACUAGCGAGGAGGGAUAAACUUGUGGAGUCAUGCAAGCAACGCGGAGAGACUCUGGAACAAUCCCGACAGUUGCAUCAAUUCUUACGCAAUCUGUACCACGAGAGAGAAUGGAUCUCACUCAAGAUGCAGAUCGCUAACGAUCAGAAUUACAGAGAACUAUCGAACUUACAAAGCAAGAUUCAGAAGCAUGCUGCGUUUGAGUCAGAACUGGCGGCCAACAAAGGACGUAUUGACGAUGUCGCUAACCAUGGAGAAACUCUUAUUGAAGCCAAACACUACGCGUCCCAAGAAAUUGCGAAACACGUUGAAGAACUAGAAAACCAAUGGCGAGAAUUACAGGCAGCAGCAAAACUCCGUCGCUCCCGUCUCCAAGAGGCAUACCAAGCGCGAGUGUACCUCCGAGGCUUAGACGACUUCACAGCCUGGCUGGACGACGUCGAGGCUCAACUGCUGAGCGAGGACCACGGCAAAGACCUAGCCUCAGUAACAGCCCUCCUCAAACGUCACUCGCGCUUAGAACAGCAAGUGUCAAGUAAAGCGGACUACGCGACGCAACUGGCUGACAACGCUAGACAGCUGGCUGAUAGCAACCAUUUUAUGGCUGAAGAGAUUCUGAGUAAGGCUGAUCAGGCUGUUAAGAGGUACCGCCAACUACAAGAGCCGAUGCAGAUCCGUCGCGACAACUUGGAGGAUGCUGCGUUACUGCACAGAUGGGACAGAGAUGCUGAUGAAGAGUUCAGAUGGUUACGUGAACGCGAAGCUGCAGUGCGCCAAGAGGACGCGGGUUCGACGCUCGCCGAGUCACAGGCGAUGCUUAAGAAACAUCUCGCUUUGGAAGCUGAACUCUUGGCUAGAGAGCCAAUAAUAAAAGCCCUAAUAGGGCGAGCGAGCCAACUCUCUCGUCGCGGUCACUUCGCAUGGAGCACCCUGGAGGCCCGCGCCCGCGACCUCAGCGCAGCCCUGCGAGCGCUGCUGGAUGCUGCCGCUGCCAGGACUGCGCAUAUACGCGAUACUGCUGCGCUGCUGCAGCUACUCUCAGAAAUAUCAGAAGCCGAAGCCUGGCUGCUAGAACGCCGCAUAGUCCUGGUAUCAGGUGAUGUAGGACGUGACGAGGAGUCGGCGCUAGCCCUCGCGCGCCGCCUGGACGCCGCGCAGCGAGACCUCACGGGGGCUGAUGCUACGCUUGCUAAGCUGGAUAAAGCUGCUGCUGGGUUGAAGGACCGGCCAACCAUAGACAGUGAACAACUACAGAAGAGAAUAGACGAACUCAAAGCUACGUACGAAGACAUGAAACUAUUGUCGGCUAAGAGACAGCAACGAUUACAGCAGAGCUUGAAAUACUUCAAGUUCGUCCAAGAAUGCGAAGAAGUCCAGGAAUGGAUCAGCGAGCAGAUGACGACGGCUGCCAGCGAGGAGUACGGGCUGGAUGUGGAACACGUGGAGACUCUGCAGCAAGCCUUCGACAACUUCCUCGCACAGCUACAGGCCAACGAGGGCAGGAUCGAGGGUGUCUGCGAGGCUGGCACGGUGCUGCUAGAAGAAAAUACUCCUGAAGCUGACCGGGUGAAGCAGAGGAUCGAUGACAUUAAAGGCUUGUGGGAUGAUCUGAAAGAACUGGCGCUGGCUAGGCAGGAGGCUUUAGCCGGAGCCCGUCAAGUCCACGAGUUCGACCGCUCAGCCGAAGAGACAGCGGCCUGGGUCGGCGAGAAGGAAUCCGCCCUCGGUAGCGAGAGUGUACCCCCGAGGUCUUUGCAUGAGCUACAUGCGCAGAAGAGGAGCUUGGAUGCUUUGAAAGCUGAUUUAGAUGCUAUUAAAGCUGCCCAUGAUAAGCUGCAGGUUGAGGCUGAGAGACUAGGCACAGCGUUCCCCGACGCUAAAGAACACGUGACAGUCAAACUAGAAGACGUGACCGAAGCCCUAACAGCCCUCGUCCAGCGAGCAGACCAGUGUUCUCAACAGUUGGAGUUAGCAGCACAGUUGCAGGCGUACUUCGAUACCUAUCAGGAGUUGCUAGCCUGGACAAACGAGACCCUAGCCCGAGUGACGGCACCGGACUUAGCCACCGAUGUGUCGGGGGCGGAGCGCCUGCUGGCCAGACACCAGGACAUCAAAGUGGAGAUAGAGGCCAAAGAAGAGGCCUUCCAGACCUUGUAUAAUGACGGUGAAAAACUAGUAAAAGAAGGCCACUUCAUGUCAAGCGAGAUAGAAGACCGAAUGUCUAUCCUUCGCUCCCGUCGCUCGCACCUCGACGCCGCCUGGAGCAACCGCGAGCGAAUAUACACGCAGCAUCUCGACGCGCUUGUGUUUAAGCGAGACGCCGAUGCUCUGGAUAACUGGAUUACAAACCGAGUACCACUCGUCCGCGACGGUAAAUACGGUGAGAGCGUGGCUCAAGUGGAAGAGCUGAUCAACCGACACCGCGAUCUAGAGGAGACUAUAGACGCACAGCGCGACAAGUUCAACGCGCUCAAGAGAAUCACUCUAGUGGAACAAGCCUUCGCAGAACAGCGCAACGAAGAAGAACAGGCUCGCCGAAGAUCAGCCGAGAGACAGGAGGCAGAACGGCUGCAGCAAUACCGCCGCAGGGAGAUGGAGAGGAUCACCGAGGAGAGGCGCAGGGAGACCGCGCCCGUGCCUACUGUUAGAGAGGGUGAACGACUCCAAACUUCAGUGGCCCCAGCAUCAUCAGAAGAAACGUUAUCUCCGGCGCCACAGUUUGACCGACUGCCGAAGAAUGAGCAGCAUGUCAAGCGGGCUGAGAGCAUGAGCGUGGUUAAAACGCCCAAGCGUACGCCAUCGUUCACGACGCGUCGCCGCACGCAAAGCUUCCGCCGCCACCGACGCGGAGACAUCGCUGAACUGCCGCCCGUUGAGAUUGAGGGUUAUCUAGAACGCAAACAAGAAGCCGGUUGCGGCGGCAAACGUGCCACAGUGAGGUCCUGGCGAGCGUACUACUCCGUGCUAUGCGGACAGUUGCUGUGCUUCUUCCGCGACGAGCUCGACUUCGCCAGCGCCAAGGCCGCGGCGCCGCCUCAAGCUAUACUGAAUGCUCGAUGCGAACCUGCGGGCGACUACACGAAGCGAGCGAAUGUGUUCCGGCUGGCGUGUGCUGACGGCGCGGAGUAUCUGUUCGCUUGCUCUUCCAAGGAUUUGAUGAAGGACUGGGUAGCCAAGCUGUCCUUCCACGCCCAACUGCCACCAGAACUGCAGCUGACCCCAUACUCCUCAGUUCCACCAGGAGAGUCUCCCACAGCUGAAAUCAGGAGACGGUUACAUGAGAAUGCGGAGUCUUCAUCAUCAGCCCCAUCAUCCCCCGAGCCUGAGCGCAGACCACGCACACAGGCCGAGAUCUUACAAGAACAUAGGAACAGUCAACAGUCGCAAAGGACUUCUGGAACACCUGAAAGACAUAUUGAAUCAACGGUACUACCAUCUUUGCCACCAAGACAGCCACCGCAGGAGGAAGACGCUACAGAAGUCGUUUUAAGGAAUCAGGAACAGUCUCAAUCCAGCUCUUGGGGUAGGUCGCGGUUUUCAAACGGUCGCGAUAUCAACUCAGAAUUCAUAAGAUCACAACAAAAUGCCGACCACGGAGCUCCGCCUUUACCCCUCUCCGGACCUCCCGACCGCCCUCCAUUGCCCGAAAGAGCGCCGAACUUACCCGAACGAGGCCCGAACUUGCCCGAACGAGCCCCGAAUUUACCCGAACGUCAUUCAACUAUGGAAAGAACGAAUGCGCAAGGAGAAAAGCAAUCUGUAUCGGCGUUAGUGAACAGCUACCAGCAAAGGAUGACGGGCAAUUGGCAAGGCAGAGAUGGCAAUGGCAAUAGGGCCAACACGGGGUCGUGGCAAGGGUCGACACAGAAUAAUAACUGGCAGAGUGUUGAAACGACGUCGCAUUUUUAUUCUACGAGUGAUACCGCAUACGGCAGUAGUGGAAGCAACACCCGGCCAGCUUCUGUCGCUGGCAGCGGCGGCUCGCCAGCGCUUGAUCAGAGACCAGCUUCUAGGUCAUCGGGCGAGUCAGAGCUGUCAGUGAGCGGAGUUUCAAAAGAAAAGAAAGACAAAAAAGGCGUGUUCAUCGGUCUUUUCAGCAGAAAGAAGCGACCACAGAGCCAUAUGUAACUCUAUGGUCGACAAACGUCAAAUUAUUGAACUAAAAGCAGAUUGAUAGAUUGAUGAAAAUUGAUUGAUGGAUUGAUAAAAUAUUUUUUGACACUUAUUUUCAAUAAUUUGACGUCUCGUGUGUAUAUAUGAGUAUAUAAAAGUAUAUACAGAAAAAAAUAUACAAUUAUUUUUUUGAAUAAUUUUUAAGUCAUUGGUAUUACUUAGUCGUUUCAAAAUCGUGCCUUUUUUCGAAAAAUUAAUGUUAUCGAAAUACAUAUUUUUGUCGUUUUAAUGUUUUUUUCUUGUGUUUAAUGAUUUGUGUUAUAUUUUGACGUUAAAUUCAAGAUGGCGGUUUUUUGCUAUAUUACACAAAUCGUUGAAAAUAAGAUAGAUUUUAAGUACAUAUUUAUGUAGGAAAGUGUCUUUUCUUCAUUGUAAUCGUAAAUAUUAUUAUAAUAUUUAUAUAUAUUUGUUAAAACAUUCCUUAUGACCGCGAUCUUAGUAGGAAUUGAUAUUUAAGUAAGUUUUUUGACAAUUAAGAAAAAGUAUUACAUAUUAAAUUACCAUAUAUUAACUGAAACAUUCUAUUAACGCAACUUGUUAUUGCAAUUGUUAAAUAAAGUCAUAUAUUGUUAUAACAUUGAGGUUAAGCAACCGCUGGUGCGGUCGCGAAUUGGAUGGGUGACCUAGGAUCGUGGAAUUUUGUCACAAAUCGGGACCAAAUAGUUAAGUGGUCUAAUUUAAGUUGCGAUUUUAGAAUGUAUCUUUUAGCUUUGUCUUUUACGGGCUAAGCAAAGAUAAAAAUGUAUCUUUUGAAAAAGAUAUAAAGAUUUAAAACAAAUGUGACAAUCGAAGUUGACGAUAGUAAAAAUCUUAAGUAUUUUUUGAGUUACAUUUUAAAAUCGCCGCUAAAAUGUCGAAAGCAAUCUUUUAAAUACAAUAUUUUACAGAUUUUUAGUGUAACAUUAUUUUUAAGCAUUAUUUUAUUAUAUUCAUUAAAUUCGGAAAACGAAAACUCUUGAAAAGAACGCAUGAACCAUAUAUACCGCAACCAUUCAAUCAAUCUUUCAUUCAUUCGAUUAUCUGUCAAAUUCAACUGACAGCCUCCGACAAUAAUUUAUAUUUUUUUUAAAUAAGCGGGUGAGAAACCUCUUCUAUUUGAAAUCGGUUAAAAACAGUACCUAUUGAGUUUUCGUCUCCGGACUAUCAUCAUAAUAUUGUUAAAAAGUUUAUUUCUAGCAUAAUGUAAGUUAAAACAACAUUUUUUUGUUCUGUACUGUGAAGUUUAUAAUAAAACAACGCUAUUAUAUGAAAA